AUGACCAAGACCAUCCGUUCAAUAUGCAUAGACAAAAGGAUACCUGAUUCGUGGAGACACGCUAUCAUAAUUCCCUUCCACAAGAAGUUAUCCGUCACGGACCCCAGAAAUCAUCGAAGAAUCUCUUUGCUGCGUGUUACGUACAGGGUAUUGGAGCGCAUUAUCCUGGACCGACUCAUUAAAUAUCGCGAAGAAACUACGCGCGACGAGCAAGCUGGCUUUCCUCCUGGCCGAUCUACGAUUGACAAGGUGUUCAUCGUCAGGGUUCCCUUGACUGAUUUCGAGUAUGCCGAUGUUGUUAUAUUCGCGGAAAACUGUACGAAAAUUCAACAUGUUGUCAACCUUGUAUCGAAGUUGACCGCAGCCUAUGGAAUACGUCUACGCCCUGAUAAAUGCAAACAGAUGUGGAUCUCUUCGAGACCUCGAACGGGAAUCAGGGUGGAAAAACAACCAAUAGUACUCGUCGAUGAGUUCUGUUAUCUGGGCUGUACGCUGAAGAACAACGGCAACUACGAGAGAGAUAUUCAGCAAAGAUACGCUAAAGCCACUUCUGCAUUUAACUCCUUAACGGAAUGCCUGUGGUCGACCCCCAUCACCAACGAAGUCAAGCUGCGAGUCUACCUAUCCGCAAUUCGCCCUAUCAUGAUGUACGGAUCGGAGACUUGGGCAGCACCAUCAACGGUUAUGGAGAAGCUUGAUUGCACGGAACGAAGGCUGCUUAGAUGGUUACUUGGCUACUUUUGGCCUAGGGUAUGUCACAAUGAAGAUCUUUACGCAGAAAUUGAUGUGGUAUAA